AUGGAACCCGACUUAAAGAUUGAAAAUGAAGAUCAAGAAGAAGUCCAUUCGGACGAUGGGGUGGAAUGCCAUAAUAUUUCAUUGUGAUUUUUAUUUACGAAUUUAGGAUAACGAAUUCACCGUUGAACGAGUAAUUAGUAAGCGGAAAAACGCCCAGGGGAAAUUCGAGUAUCUUCUGAAAUGGGAGGUAAACUUUUCUUUAAUUUUUUACUCACACAGUUUGGAAAUCUUUCAAAUUUAUUGAAAUAUGGGUUUUUUAGAACUUCAGCUUGGAGGAAGCCACUUGGGAACCUGAAGAAAACAUUGGAUGCAGUGAUCUCAUCGCAAUCUUCGAAAAAGACCAGUUGCGCGUUAGUUUAAUAUCUUAUUUAUUUUUUUCAACUACUCCAAAUUUAGAAAAAAAUAAACAGAAUCUUCCCAACGGAAAAAGAAAACAGGGCACAAUCAGUCGUGGAAGCCAGGUAUGAAUAAAAAAAAUUAUAUAAAUUGAAUAAAUAGGAUAUUUUAGAGUUGAUAAGGAGAAACUUGGGCCUUUGUGUCCGCCACCUGGAGUUGAGGUGUGUGUAUAAACUUUUCUCAUUUUUUUAAAAAUAAAUUUCAGGUCAAACGUAUAACGAAAGUCGUUGUUGAUGGUGGAGAUAUUUUCUUCGGUGUCCUUUUCAGCAAUAAUACGACAACGUUGGUAACAAGUGAUCAACUCGUGCUUAAGUAAGUAUUUAAAAAUAUUUUCCAUUCAUAAAAUUAUAUUUUUAGGCACCCUGAAUUACUCGUCGAUUUUUUUGACAAGGCCUCAUCAUCAAUAAGCGAUUAA